AUGACGACCUCAACCUUAUCAAGGCUCCAAAUUACAAUAUCCAGCUCAGAUUUUAGCCCCUGCAACGCGCACACGGUUAUUACCGUGAUCGGCCACUUCGUUUCCUUUAAAUCCAACAACUGUCUACCGGUUAAUCUUGUGCGCGUCAACACCGGAUACUUGCUUCCCCCAUCCAUUCCAAGAUAUAUUUACGCGGUUUAUUAUUAG